GACCGAGUCGCUGUAUUUAUUACGUCUCCCGCGCAGCAAUGACGCAUUCCAGCUGAACCUAUUGAACGAAUGGAUCGAGUAACAUUUCUGUUUAUUUAUUAAAAAUUAAAUCGUUUAAAACAAAAUUAAUAUGGAUCAUUUGAGUUUACUUUACAUCGGCGUAAUCGUAACUGUAUCGCAGUACGUUCAAAGUGCUCCGAGUGAGUUGCCACAAGUAAAUGUCCAAUUGCAAGGUCAUACACAAGCUGUAACAAAUAAAGGGAGCCACGUAAAAGGAGGUGGCAUUUCUUCAAGAUUCCCAGAAAUUGAAGACGAUCGCCUCAAUUGGGGCGUAAUGGUCGACGCUUCGACCUACGAAAGUGAAGAGGCCUUUAACAGACCUAUAACCAUACGAAGGAAAAUAUUGAAGUCAAAUAAAAACGCAAAAGGAACAGGGUUAAUGUUGCAUGAAGAGAGAACACCUCCACAGAAUAUUAAUACUAGUAAAAACAAUAUAUCUAGAGCUAAAGGCAAUAAUAAUGGGCCUCAGUCAAUCGCUCCUUCGAGUAUCAAGUCCAAUACAGAUGUUUUAGAUGGUUUGCAGAACACUAGAAAAGCCUUAGAAAGGCCAGCACAAGGUAAAACAGCCAUACAAUGUGAUGCAGCUAUUAUUUCUUGCUGCAGCACUAAACGGGAACUACGCUGGCAAUGCAAAAUUGCAGAGGAAUGUUUAUCGAGCUUCAACGUUUGUGAAAUACCAAUUAUACAGAAAUCCAUAAAUAAUAUGAUAUACUUUUAUGGGGAUUCAUCUUAAAUCUAUUAAAAAUGGUGCUGUGUUUGUUAGGUAUACAAUAUACAUAGCUAUUAAAUAGCAAUGUGAUGAGAACAAUAGCUUGGUAAAUAGACUGUAAUUAUUGUGUAGGCGAACAAAUCAUAUUUACAAGUGACCCAGAAGUAUUAUUAUAGUGUUCCUGAUAAACAUUAUAUUAUGUAUACCAUAUUUAUAUUGAGAAAGUGAAAACUCAACUUCAUACAAAAAUGUGUGUUAUUCAGAGAAGUGCUACACCUAGGUACUGAUCAAAAUAGAUUUUAAAUUUGUUUUGAUUAUUCCUUUAUUUAAUUAUUAUUAUGCUAAAACAUAAGUAUUAUUAUUAGUUUAGAACGAAGUAAAUUCGUGGAAUAAUUGUAAAUAUAUUACUUGUUGAUUAUAUAAUAA